AUGGCUCCCCCGGAGUACGAAGCCAAGAAGCGCCGCCAGCGCAGCGACUAUGGCUAUCAUCAAGUGCACCAGACAAGAUGGUUCGACAAUGACAUGUACGCCCACCUCAACAACACCGUCUACACAGCCCUCUUCGACACCAUCGCCAACACCUACCUUAUAGAAGAGUGCGGCAUGGACCCCUUCAGCGUGAACAACCCCACCGAGAAAAAGAAUGCGCCGUCGCAGCAGCAAGGCAAGCUGGCUGUCGGCACGGACCACAUCGGGCUGAUCGUCUCGACACACGCCGACUUCUUUGCCUCUGUGCGUUUCCCGGAUACCCUAGAAGUAGGCCUCCGCGUCGUCAAGCUGGGCUCGUCCAGUGUGACGUGGGAGAUUGGCGUGUUCCGCCAGGGCGAGGAGGACGUUAAGAUGGUGGGCACUUAUACGCAUGUGUUUUGCCUGCGGGAGACUAUGCGUGUUGGGAAGGGGGCAUGCCCGAGGGGGUGA